CCCUCUCCUCUUCCCUCAGUCCUCGCCCCUCUGUACCGUACCCCAAACCCGCGGCUGUCGCGGGCCCCUGGCCCCGGAGUGGGCGGGCGACAACGCCUCCCAUACCUGUUGGCGUUGGCAGAGGGCACCGGGCGGGCUGGGGGUUGUCCGAGCUGCCUUUCCCUCCCUGGGGGUGGCUGCUGGCCGCCAGCCCCAAGACGUGGGGCCGGGGCAGGGCCGCGGGUGUCCCACCCGGUAUCCCGGAACUGUGCGGGCUGCAGGCUGGGAGCCGCUCCCCCAGUCCCCCGCGCCGGUGGCCGCUAGUCUGCGCGCUCCCGGCCGCGGGCGCCGGGGCGGUGGAAGGGAGGGGAGCUGCACCGCAGCCCAGGUGGGAGAGCGGGGCGGCUUCCAGGUAUCCGGGAAGCCGGGAGUCAUGGCGAUCGGCGGAGGAUUGUCUCCAUCUCCAGCCCAGGCGCGGGCUGCUCGCCCUCCGGGGCGCACGCACCUCGCUGCCACCCGCCCGGCGUCCGCGGGCCCUGGGGAGCGCGGGAUCACCCGGAGGCCUCCGGCAGCCCAGCCCGGGACUUGGCUGCCACUCAGCUGGACCCUGGGUCCCCAGCAGCUCCCUGAGUCCCGCUCUCGGGUAGAGGCGGGCGCCGACUCUGCCGGGCAGUCUGGGUUUACCGGGUGCCCCAGCCUCCCCGGACUGGCGCGACGGGGAGUGAACUUCCUCAGACUUGGCCUGAGGGCGCCUAGGCAGCAGCAGGGAGAAGAUGCCUUUUCACCACGUGACCGCCGGCCUGUUGUACAAGGGGAAUUACCUCAACCGAUCUCUGUCUGCUGGCAGUGACAGCGAGCAACUGGCUAACAUCUCUGUGGAGGAGCUUGACGAGAUCCGAGAGGCCUUUCGGGUUCUGGACCGAGACGGCAAUGGCUUCAUCUCCAAGCAGGAGCUGGGAAUGGCCAUGCGCUCGUUGGGGUACAUGCCGAGUGAGGUGGAACUGGCCAUCAUAAUGCAGCGCCUGGACAUGGACGGGGAUGGUCAGGUGGAUUUUGAUGAAUUCAUGACGAUCCUUGGCCCCAAACUGGUGUCUUCAGAAGGCCGCGAUGGUUUUCUUGGAAACACAAUAGAUAGCAUAUUCUGGCAGUUCGACAUGCAGAGGAUAACUCUGGAAGAGCUGAAGCACAUCCUCUAUCACGCCUUCCGGGACCACUUAACGAUGAAGGACAUUGAGAACAUCAUCAUCAACGAGGAAGAGAGCCUGAAUGAGACCUCGGGGAACUGCCAGACAGAGUUUGAGGGCGUGCAUUCCCAGAAGCAGAACAGACAGACCUGCGUCCGGAAGAGCCUCAUCUGCGCCUUCGCCAUGGCCUUCAUCAUAAGCGUCAUGCUGAUCGCGGCCAACCAGAUCCUCCGGAGCGGCAUGGAGUAGCGGCCUCCCCGGCAGCUGCGUUCCUGGCUCACGCGCAUGUGCUUGCCCCGCGGGCAGACUCUUCCUCCACAAAAAAAGCAGAUACGGACGGUGCAGACGCGGUACAGUCCAGCGAAGAACCCAAGGUUGCAGUGCAACCCGUGUUGUUGCAAACUCACUUCAUCCCCUUGGCAGGUACACAAAAGGGCUGUCUUCAAUGCUUUAAUGGUCUUGUUUCCUAAUGCAAUAAAUAGCCAGGAGUUCCGUGAACGCUUCGACCGCCUGUAGGAACUCUAAAGAGAAACUUCAUCUUCAUCUCGGAAUUCCCAUGGCCAUCCAGGUUGGCGGUGUAAGGCAGCAAGAGAGAGGCGGAACACGCAAUCACCUCCGCGCCCCGUUCUUUCAACCCAGGGGUCAACUGGAGACUCCCUCCCUCCCCCACCCCAGGGCAACCCUCAGUGCCAAGAAGCUGACUUCUGAGUUGCUGCAGAAGUGGGGGCUUCCCGUCCUACCCUGGCUUCCUUCCCCAACCUAGUGGAGGCCCCCCGGCAAGGUAUGAGGGGAAAGCCAUCGAAUGGGGUGCAGCGCCCAGCGGUCUGCAAGUUGCACCCCCUUCGCUUCUGUUCUACUGCCUUUUCUACAGGACUCUUGUUGGCAGAGUUGGGGAGCUCUCGGUUUCCGUCGGCACUUGGCUUUCUGUUCCUAGAGCCCAUCGCGCACCAGCAUUUUGGAAUCUGCAGAGAGCCUUUCUCCCAGCUUUGCCGUCUGUGCUGCCAUUUAGACAAAAAAAA